GGAGAAAGCUCAUCUCCCCCAGGUGCUGACAGCAUAACGUAUAUAAAGCUACCACGAACGUCGAUAGGCAGCAUUCAGUCCAGGUUGAGCAUCAUUCAAGACGACAUGAAGGGAUCCCAAGUACUGUUCGUUUGCUGUUUGACAGCUGCUGCCUUUGCGCAGGACAACCAAGGUGCCCAGGGAAACCAGGGCAAUACCCGGUUCUUCGGCGGACUCCUGGGGGGUCUCGCGUCCGGUCUGAACAACGCCCUAGGAGGAGGUGGCUUUGGAGGCGUCAACCCAGGAUUUGGAGGCGGGUUUAACCAAGGAUUCGGAGGUGGAUUCAACCCAGGCUUUGGAGGUGGAUUCAAUCAGGGAUUCGGAGGUGGAUUUAAUCCAGGAUUUGGAGGAGGAUUCGGAGGAGUUUCCAACACCUGCAGACGUUGGUGUCGAACUCCCGAGGGACAGGCAUACUGCUGCGAGAGCAACAAUGAGCCUGACACCAUUCCCUUCGUGAAGCCAGGUAUAUGCCCUCCCGUUCGCCCUCAGUGCCCACCCGUCAGGAGCUUCGCCCCUCCACAGACAUGCUCCAACGACAGCAAGUGCGGAGGCGUCGACAAGUGCUGCUACGACAGGUGUCUUGAGGAGCACGUGUGCAAACCCCCCGUUGGAUCUAGUGGAUUUGGUGGCUUCGGCCGUUGAUCAUAAUCGGUUCAUAUAUAUCACUCUUCAUUUCAAUCAUCUGUCGAUUUAACUUAUUGUCAAAUUUAGUUGUAUGUAUGUCAAGAUCAGUCGGGUUUAUUACUGCAUAAGACUGUAUUUUGUAAUAAAUAUUUGUCACUGAACCAAA